CAUGGCCCUACUGGAGUAAAGAGCAAUAAGAAGGACCGCGAGCACUACUGGAAAAGAGAGGGAAAAGAGGGGGUGCUAGAUAACUGGCACAAGUGGAGCUACCACAUCGUUUGUCCGCAACUUAUUGUUGACCGUCCGACUAAUUGCGUCCCCGCAAAUCAUGACAACUACCACGAAGACAACGCGCAGGAAGGGCUGAAACGUUAUUACGCUUUCUACUACCUCUUUGUAAAUUUUUUUUUUUGUUGAUCCAUUCGGAUUUCGAAGUACGUCGGAUUUCGUUCGAGUUGAGAGCUGAUAUCUCGCUCGAAAAGGACUCUCUAGUAGUACAAUUUUGCAGUAGAUAGUACUCGACUACUGUCUCCUAGAAUACUUGUUGAACUUAGAAUACUCUGUAGUAUUAGAUAUUGUUCCUGCACAACUAGAAAGAUGCAACAAACUAGUUGUUGUAUUGCCUCUAAGAAUUUCUUGAUGAAGCUGACAAUCUGGAGACGAAGAUGAGCCAGCACGAAGCGUUGCAGAGGACUAUUAAGGACUUCUUUUUCCACUUGGAGGACAACUUCGAUCCCGAAGUUCUGCAGCUGGGCAAAAUUCUACGACGGGAGAUGCUACGACCACCUCAAAAAUGGAAGAAGAAAGGUCGCAGGAAAAGGCGGAGCACCAGUGAAGCACCUUCUACAUCUUGUUUAUCCACUAUUCAGCACCGUGUAGAUGUACAACGAGACGAACCAUCAGCAAAGCAACACUUUAUACGCAUCGAUCAUGCUUCUGCUCCGGUUGGUGUGGACGAGCCCAGAAAUGAAGGCUUUUCCUCGCGAACGAGCUCAACUUCAUCAUCGACUCCUCUCAAAAACCUGUUAAUGCACGACCGGAGGGA